AUGGAGUCGUUUUUAGGAACACUCGGUCUGCUCACCACGUGUCUCCUUCAGGCAGCUUACUGGAACGCCUUCCAAGAAGCUUCCUCGCCCUAUUCCCGCAGCAGCAUCUCUACAGCUCCCUUUUCCUGCUCCCUUCUCUCCUCCCUCCUCUGGACUGCCUACGCCCUCCCUAUAGUCACACCCCGCCGCGUCCUCUUCCUGCUCGCACACCUUCUCCAAUCACUCUCCCUCUCCGCGCUCCUCCUCGCCCUCCUCUCCUCUGACUCCUCCAGCUACACUUUGCGCCUGCGGCAGGUGCUGCAGCUGCUGCUACCGGCCUCAGGUCUCUCCAUCCUGGUGCUCUUUCUCGGAUCCUUCUUCGCGCCUUCCUCCCACGUGAUUGGAUGGACUGCCUCGGCUGCUGCUGCUCUCCUGCUCGCCUCUCAACCCCUCUCUCGCAUGCUCAGCCUGUUGGACACGGCAACAGGCGCCCAGCCAUCGCACCUCUUCAUCAGCUGCUCAUCGCUAGCUGCUGCAUGCUCGUGGGCCGCCUUUGGCUUUGCCGCUCAUGACCACUUCAUCGCCGUGCCAUAUGUGCUGGUGGCAGCGCUUGAAGCCCUCUUUCUUGCUCUUUCCACAUUUAUGGGCGCGGCCAGCAGUGCAGCGUCACGGCAGCGGGCAGCAGAGGGUUAUGAGCUGGUUGCCCCCACAGCGUCUGAGUCAGGCCUGGCAGAACAAUCGCUGUGA